AUGGCGGUGGAAGCCACCGACCGAAAGGGCCCAGGGAGAGGAGUAGGCGCUCGCGCGGGCGUCCGUCUCGUGUCCGCGCCGAUGAAAAUCCGGCCCAAAAUUGGAUCGGGAAUGGAUCGCCAGGCGGACGCCAAGCGGAUGAUGCCUAAGCGAAGAUGGCAGGGCGACGAAAUUCAGCCCAACUACCACGACCGCGGCGCUAACAAACCCAAGAGCAUCUAUCUUGUUCUAGAUGACUGGCACGGGGGCUUCACCAUUCGCAAGCUUGAUGCUGACAGUCCUGACCUGAGCGCGCCCCCUGUCUUCCGGCUAGCGUCGCCUCUGAACAACCAUGCCAUGGACUUUGCCGCUCUGGGCAGCAACAUUAUAGCCACCAGCAACCAAUGUGCUGCAACUCUAGUCUUUGACACGGAAGCAGACGCGCUGGCCAUCGGCAAUCCCCUCCCGGAUGCACUCCUCAGUUCCCUCAACUUCUUUGUCACAGCUGACGACAUGUUAUUUGCGUUUGCCUACUACUUCACGUCGCGGCCUCCCUCCUUCGAAGUCAUGACCACCGCCAAGGAGGACGAGGCAGAACAUGAUGGACCUGAUUUACAAACAAGCAUGAAUGCUGAACACCAUCAUGGUGAGGAUCUAUUUCCAAACAUGGCAAGGGCUCCACAUGUGAAGUACAUAACCUACUAUGAGGACGCUAAAAGUAUUCCAGGAUGGAGAACAGCAGUCUGGGAGCUUGACAAAGUUACAGUACUUCAGGAUUUUGUGGUGUUGCUUGUGACACCAAAAUCUUCAGCCACGUGGAAGCCACUCGUAGCAGAAUUGACUUGAUUGUGUUGGAGUUUUGCCAUGAGAUCACACUGAUGUGUACAACUAGACUAUAGUUUGGCUGCUUAGCAGCCAGUAUGCUCACAUUAUCAACAGUCUGAAAAGGUACCCCGUAACUCCGUACUACUACUGGAUAUGUAGGGCCUAUUUUGAUUGGUCAAGAUAAUGGUUUGACCGAGAAGAAUGGCUCCAUCAGUGUAAUUAAACAUGUAUUUUUUUGACUAGCCAAUCAAAAUAUGGCCUGUAUAAUUUUCCUGGCGGUUAGCUCA